GACACCAUUGCUCCCGCCGAGGCUGUUCAAGCCGCACGCGUGCCCGGCUCAACCGAAAAAAAAAGAAUACUCUAAAUUCAAAAUAUAAAAUUCUAAGUUCAAAAAAGCGCGCAAUAGUGCGUUGUUUGGAUUUAUAUAUAUUUUUUUUUUAAUUCGUUCGCAAACAUGGAGAAAUGGCAAGUGCUGCUGAUUUUGGCCGCCGUCGUCGCAUCGGGCACCUCCAAUACAAACAUGUUCGGCGGCCGGUGCUCGCGGCAGGACCCCAACGUUGACUCGUGUCUCCUGCGUAGCUUCAACUCGCUCGUCGACUACCUCAAGGGCGGAGCACCCGAGUUCGGCAUUGAAGAGGCGGAGCCAAUAAUCAUAGAUGAGCUGUCAAUCGCUCUGGGUGGCGGACCAGACGGGUACCGCGCCAGCUUCAAGGACAUCCACGCCACUGGCGUCUCCAACAUGACCAUCACCAACGUCAGGUCGGACCUGGAGACCCAUCAGUUCCAGCUGACUUUGUUCGGCCCGCACAUCAGCGCGCGCGCACGUUACCGCUCCUCCGGCGUACUACUGCUGGUGCGCGCGUCCGGCGGCGGCGACUACUGGGGCGAGUACGAUGGCGUGAAGGCGAAGGUGUACUUCCGCGGUGCGCCGUACGAACGCGACGGCCGCACCUACCUGAAGCUGCAGCAACUCAAGCUGGACUUUUCCGUCAAGGACAUCCAGAUGGGAGUCGAGAAUCUGCACAAUGGAAACGCUGUUCUGCAGGCAGCUCUGAACCUGUUCAUCAACACCAACGCCCAGGAACUCCUCAAGGAGAUGAAGCCGGAGCUGAAGAGAGACCUGGCUGAGAAGAUGUCCCGGUUUUUGGAGCGGAUUCUCGAGCACAUACCUUACGACGACUGGAUCGUCGACUAAAUUGUUCUACCCACUCAUGUUUACAUUCAGCCACUACCGCUGCACCUUCCGCAACCCGCUUCACUUCUACGGAAAUGCGCGAGUGUUUACAUUCUGCUGCAAAUAAGCGAGAGCGCUUAAGUUCUUUGAUACAAACAUACUCUCACACCCGUAAUCCGUAAUAUGACAAACAGGGACGCAAAUUAUUAGAAGACAACUUGCAGCCAAUUUUCAUAGAAAGUCCUAAGAUAGACAUGGUGAACUGAAUGGUGAAAGUAUAAUAGCAAAGGUCCAUCAUAUAGGUCCCUUGACUUCUGAACAAAAACCACUAAACUAACCAGGGGAGCGACAGUGCUAAAUGGCAUGACGAGUACCAUAUAAUAUACACACUCGUACUGCCCAUUUUCCUGCUAACUUUCUAAGUGUGCGGAAUGUAACGUGAGGUUCCGCUAGAUGGUGCUGUGAGGUGCUACUGAACUAAACCGUGAAACGGUGCUAGUGUAGGUUGUAGUGUCAUCCAGAUCAUUGUCAUUUUCAUCAUCAUCACUCAUAGAGCUUCAUUCAUCAUUGCAUAGAGCAACUCGGACCUCCGCCGUCAUCGUCAUGCUUUUACUGUACCGCGUGUAACGCACGUCCUGUCAACAUCAUCAUCAUCACCCCAUUUACUUUCCUCGCCGUACAAAAAUGACUGAUUUCUUCCAAACUUUACGAACUAUUCAUUAAAUUAUAUAAUUUUUCUCAUCAUCAUCAUUGCCAACAUUAUUGUCAUCCGAUUUUCAUGCCCGUUAUUUAGUCUCAAAAUAAAUCUUGAUUAAGUACGUUCUUAAUAUAAGGACUAUGUAAUUCUCAAACUGUAAACAAACAACAAAAAAAUGUAAAAAAACGUCUUUUUCAUACUCAAAUUUACCAAUAUCGAAAUGUACCAAUAUUGAAAUCUUUUUGCAUGCAUAAGUACAAGUAUAAAUAGUAAACUUUAAUACAAAUUUAAGUCGCGAAUGAAUCCUCAAGGAGGGAGGUUCCAGGCUACAUUCCAAAAAAAAAUUUAGAUGGCGCUGUAAAAAAUUGUCUUCGUUUAACCUUAUUUUUUAUUUAUUUGUUUGUACACAAUAAAACAGACACAAGAAACAUACAAAGAAAACAGAUAGUACAGGCAAGCUUAUCUCUAAACAAAGAGAUUUCUUCCAGCUGACCUACGUGACAAGAGAGACUUUCAACGUAUAAUAUUAUAUAGAUAGACAUUCAUACGCGUACAAAAUAUUUAGAAAUUACUUAAUUACUUAUACUAAUAUAAAACAAAAUAUUAACCUAAACCUACAAACCACAUUUAAAUAAAUUAUAUAAUAUAUAUUUCAUAAAUAUAUUAUAAACAUAUUAUAUACUUUCUAUAUUGGUUUAUAAAUAUACACACUAAAUACAAUAUAUAUACCUAAAUAAAUAAGUAAAUGCAUACAAAUACAGCUAAUGCAACUCAACCUUCUACUUUUACAGAUUCAAUUCAAUUCAAUUCUUUAUUUGGGGAACGUAGCCUGAAGAGUCCCUCAUUUAUGUACAGUCAUGAGCAAUAUAAUGUACCCACUUUUGGACUCUGUCGCACUAACAUAUUUGACAUUUAGUGAGACGUACAGUUCAAUUUGUCAAAAAAGUUAAUGUGACAUGCUACCAAAGUGUACUUAUACAUAUUCAUGCUCGUGACCGUAGAUCACCGCAUUUUGAUACGCAUGAACAAUUAUCGUUUGAGUUAAGAAAGUUGAUAAACAAACCCAGUGGAUUCGUGAUAUUUAUAAUUUGAUCCAGUUGCUCAAUUACUGAAUGUGACAGUUUAUAUAGUCUGGCAAAAUUGAGCGGAGUAAAAAAAAAUAUUCUGGUACAUCUGGUAAUACAUUUGAUUGAAUAAUUUUCUACCAGUCUUUUUCUUAAAAGGAAAACUAAAAUUCACUCAAUAUGGAUCGUUUACGCCCUAUGCCAGACUAUAAUUUAGUUAUAAGUUAUUUAUUUAGGAGGAACUAGUUGGACUGUGGGAUAUUUGAUACUUUUGGUAAGUUUAUAGAUAAGCAUAAUUAUAAUGUAAUUUGU